AUGGAUUGCUCAAUAUGCACCACAAUGCCAUCGAUUUUAAGGCCACCAAGGAACACAAUAUGUGGAUCAUGCUACGAAGGGGCUAAAACCACUAUCGCGCUGCUCAAGAAGCUUGAGGGAUCGAAAGAAGAUCAUGGAAAAUCGACCGACAAGUCCACCGUCAACAAUGGCUUUUCUCUUUCUUCUUCUCCUCUGUUUUCUUGUGAGCCGCAACCAUUAGAGAAGGUGAUCAAAUGGAUGAAGACCAUGAAAGAAACCGAAGAGGAGCAGAAGAAGAGGAUAGCCUUCUUGAGCAGCUUUGUUUCGGGUUUCAAAGAACAACUUCAUGCUGAUAUUCUUCUUAAACCCGGCGAUAAUGGCCCUCCGAUUUCCGCGCAUAGAGCUUUGCUGGCUUCAAAAUCCGAGAUCUUCAAGAAUAUUCUACAUUCAGACGAAUGCAAAACCGCCCCCGAAAGCGCCAUAACGCUCCAAGAACUAAACUCCGAGGAACUUGAAGCUCUCUUGGAGUUUCUAUACACCGGCACAUUGGCUUUAGACAAGUUGGAGAAACAUGUUUAUGCUUUGUUUGUUGCAGCAGAUAAGUACAUGAUUCAUUACUUGCAAGAGUUUUGCGAGCAACAUAUGCUGAGUUGCUUGGACAUAUCUAGCGUUCUUGACGUUCUUGAUGUCUCGGAUCUUGGUUCGUGCAAGAAACUGAAGGAGGCUGCUUUAGGGUUCGUGGUGCGGAACAUUGACGAGAUCGUUUUCUCGGAUAAGUACGAAGCUUUUUCACAAAAGAACCAACAUUUAUGCGUUCAAAUCACUAGGGCGUUCUUGAUGGAAACAAGAACCAAGAGAUGUAAUUAA